UUUACUUCCUUCUUGCUGAGAGAAGAGACACAGUAAAGAAGAGGCAGACAGUAAUAUUCGUCUCAACCCCAAAACUACCAGAGACCGCUGCAGCAGGGAACACUGGAAUAACUGGAAUACGGAUUUCUUGCACUUUAACCUGCUGCUGAUUUCACACAAUGAACUGGGCGAGGUACGGCUCGAAGUGAAAGUAACUUUCUUGUCUGACUGACUACGUUCUGCUCGCUGCGUUUACAGCUUCACUCUGAGACAAAAUGGCUUCCAGGUCGGACGAGGAUCUCUGCUGUCCUGUCUGCAUUGAAAUCUUUAAAGAUCCUGUUGUUCUGUCGUGUAGCCACAGCUUCUGUAAAGACUGUCUGAAGAACUGGUGGAGAGAGAAACGAAUACAAGAGUGUCCAGUUUGUAAGAGAAGAUCAUCGAGGAGUGAGCCUCCUCGUAACCUGGCUUUAAAGAACCUGUGUGAGGCCUUUUUACCGGAGAGAGAUCAGAGAGCUUCAGAGAGUCUCUGCAGUCUGCACUCUGAGAAACUCAGACUCUUCUGUCUGGACCAUCAGGAGCCGGUUUGUGUCGUCUGCAGAGAAUCAAGGAGACACAACAACCACAGAUUCAGACCCAUCGAUGAAGCUGCACAGGAUCACAAAGAGGAGCUCAAGAAAUCCUUGAAGCUCUUAAAGGAGAAACUGAAGCUCUUUGAACAAGUUAAAGGAAACUGUGAUCAAACAGCAGAACACAUGAAGGUCCAGGUUGGACACACAGAGAGGCAGAUUAAGGAGCAGUUUAAGAAGCUUCACCAGUUUCUAGAGGAGGAAGAGGAGGCCGGGAUCUCUGCUCUGAGGGAGGAAGAGGAGCAGAAGAGUCAGAUGAUGAAGGAGAAGAUGGAGGCUCUGAUCAGAGAGAUAGCAGCUUUUUCAGACACAGUCAGAGCCACAGAGGACGAGCUGAGAGCUGAAGACGUCUCAUUCCUGCAGAACUACAAGGCUGCAGUGGAAAGAGUCCAGCAGCGCCUCUUGCUGGAGGAUCCACAGCUGCUCUCAGGAGCUCUGAUAGACGAGGCCAAACACCUGGGCAACCUGAACUACAACAUCUGGGACAAGAUGAAGGAGAUGGUCUCAUACACUCCUGUGAUUCUGGACCCAAACACUGCCGACCAAGAACUAGUCGUGUCUGAAGAUCUGACCAGUGUGAGAUCUGGAAAACCACGACAGCUUCCAAAAAACCUGGAGAGGACCAAAUUUUCCUGCUCCGUCCUGGGCUCCGAAGGCUUCAACUCAGGGACUCACAGCUGGGACGUUGAGGUUGGAAACAAUGAUGACUGGGAACUGGGCAUGUUGGGAGAGAACACCCAGAUGAGCGGACGUCUACAGUCUGGAUUGUGGAGAAUUUUGUUCUCCAACAGUAAAUUCACAGCGUUCUCCACGUCAGAUGACGAGAAAGCUCUGUCAGUGAAGAAUAAACUCGAGAGGAUCAGAGUUCAUCUGGACUUUGACAAAGGAAAACUGUCAUUCUCUGAUCUUGAUACUAACACACACAUACACACCUUCACACACACCUUCAAGGACACCGUGUUUCCGUACAUUUACACUGAGAACCACCUCCCACUGAAGAUUUUACCAGUGAAGGUCUCUGUGAUGGUGGAAAAGCCCAGUUAGAGAUUAUUAUAAUGGGUUUGAGAAAUAUAACAUUGACCGUUUACCAAAGCAUCUUCACUGAAUGUCUUUGGUUGCAUGAGGCCACCGGUUGCAAUGCUGCAUAUUAUGGCAAUGUUGGAUUUACAGGAUUAUUGCAGCAAUGUGAUGAAGCACUAUGAUUUUAUUUUAACAAGUUAUAAUGUGUGUUUGUUCCUCAAGGAACAUAUUACUAAGCCAAAACAAUUACUAGAAUGGAAGGAUGUACAAUGGGAACAUUGUGCUAUGACUUUUGGUAGCAAUGUGGCAGAUAUUUCUUGCUGAAAUCACAAAGAAAUUAGCUUUUCUUAUUGCAAACAAUGAAAAAGAGUUACUGCAGUUAGACGGAAAGAUGAUAAACCUAUUGGCAUACUGAACUAGUGAAAUAUUAUAUUCUGUGAUGAGGGACUUUAAACCUCCAGUUUAUAAUAACUGAUAAUGAUGAUAAUGAUGAUGAUUAUAUAAAUGUAAGGAGUGUCACAUGUAACAUGUGAUUGACAGACUGGUCUGAUGAGUCAAAAGUAUAGCUUAAUACUUAAAUGAUUAAUGCAAAUGGGAAAUGUAUAUGGGAAUGUAAAUGAAAAUUUUAUAGUCAUAGAACCUGUUAAAAUCAUUUAACUCACAAUUAUUUAUCUAUAUUAAUUUUUUUCAACUUCCGUGCUGAUAAAACACCUUUCUUUCUGUACUUUACAACGAGGAAUACAAACUUUUUUUUUGACAAAUAAUUUUUUUAUGUUUAACAAAAUAAGCUCUGUUGAAUGCAUCAUGUUUAAUAUAUAAAUGAAUGACUUGACUUAAACAAGAUUAUGAAUCAGUAAGUACUCAGAAAUGAUUGAUAUUAGAUAACAAGCCGUAGUAAAAAGAAAGCACCACUAGUGGGACUCCACAGAGCUGAUCCUGACGAUGCUGAACAUUUAGGCGAGAUGACAAAGCUCAAAGAGUCGUUAUGAAGUUUAAGGUGGUGGGCGAUGAUCAAAUUGUUUAUAAUGCUGAAUUUGAGUAAUAAAAUGUAAAGCAGUGAUGAUGGUGAUGAAGCUAUUAUUAUGUUUUUUUAUAGAUACUAUGACAUUGCAUCUUUACUUUAUUUGUGUGAUUCAUUUCCUUUUGAAACAGGAUGUUAGAACUGGACUAUCGGUUAUUAAGAAACUGUCAGUUGAGAAGACAGGCAGAAGGGUGGUAUUAGUUUAAAAUGUGUGUUAUGCCAUGUUAACAGUAUGAGUGUCAACAAAACAAAUUAAAUGAAAAUAUCUAAUGAAGCAGAAACCAAAUCAAUAAAAUCUCUCUGGUUUUCUCUGGAUUAUUAUGAUUGUGGGACCAAUAAAAAUGAAGUUAAUGAA